ACAGACGGCCAGUGAAACGUCAUUUCUAUUUCGCUUGUGUGUUGUAGAUUAUUUUGUAAUUAUUACUAGAAUUUGGACUACUUCCGAUAAAAUUUUAUAGAACACUAUCAAAAGUGAAUGCUAAAAAUAUUCAUAUUUGUGCCUGUAAAGAUUUCGUGUAUGCCCAUUAUGUGAGUACUUUCUCUUUUUGUGGCUGACUGAUUGUGUUGCGACAUCAAGAUGGAUUUUAGCAGUUUUACGGACGAUAUAUUCGCACCUACGAAUACAUCCAACGGUACAGACGAAGGCUGCAUGAUCAUAAAUUCGACAUCAAAGAUUUUAUUCUUCGGUUACAACGGGAUUCCUCAAACGCUGAUUCUCAACUUGAUUUCAUGGUCAUGUUUGAUAUUGUUGUUCUCCGUUUUACGCCGAACCGCCUGGAACUAUGGGCGGAUGGCGCUUGUGCAGCGGACAAAGAGUCGGUGGACCAACUUGUUCUACCGCGGCGGGGACGGCGACGCGCUCGUGCGGCGGAGGAGCGCCGACGAGACCGCGAGCAUAGACGAGGGCUUCUUCACAUGGCUCCCGGCCGUCUUCAGGCUGACGCGCGAGCAAGUGCUCGCCAAGUGUGGGCCUGAUGCAGUCCAUUACCUCUCAUUCCAGAGGCAUGCCAUCACGCUCAUGUUUAUCAUCACCAUCAUAUCCAUUGGAAUCAUCUUGCCUAUAAAUUUUACGGGCAAUCUCCAAGGAGACAUGGGCUUCAGUAAAACGACUCUCAGUAACCUGAAUGGGAGAUCUUAUUGGCUUUGGGUGCAUACUUUAAUAAGCAUAGCGUUUCUACCUAUGUCAGUGUUGAUUAUGAGGAGAUGCACCGGGCGAAAACCUGUGCCCACAUCAUUGACGGGCACUAUUAUGAUCACCAACAUAGCAAGGGCUGAUCGAAACGAAUCGACAAUUAGAGCUUACUUUGCUCAUAAUUUCCCACAUAUUCAAAUAGUUGACCUUCGCCUGGCUUAUAACAUCAACAAACUGAAUGAAGUUCAAGAAAAGAAGGAUAUGGUGACAGAAGCUCUGGUGUAUAGUGACCAAUACUUCAAGAAGACAGGAAAACGCAUCACUGUCCGGACUGGCCUCUGUGGGCCACAUGUAGAUGCACUGGAGUUUUAUACAAAUGAAGAGAAGAGACUGAAAGAUGAAGCUAAACGAUGCCGCGCCAUGGUACUUAAUGAUCCACUGGGUAUUGCCUUUUUAACCUUGCCAUCAUACCAGUUAGCUGAACAUGUUAUCAAUAACUUUAGCUUGCACCGAGGUUGGGUUCUAUCACAUGCCACUAACCCAGCAGAUAUCAUUUGGGAGAAUUUAAGUGUACAACCUGGUGUCUGGUACAUCAAGGCUAUCUUUGUUAAUCUGUUCUUAUUCCUUGUACUAUUCUUCCUUACAACUCCAGCAAUUAUAGUAAAUCUGUUCAACACUCUAUUUGUGAAAUUGGACACACAAAAAGGGAGCAGUGUGGUCUUUGAAUUCCUGCCAACCCUAUUGCUUUGGACCAUGGCUGCUGUGAUGCCAGCUAUAGUAGCUUUUUCUGAUAAGUUUCUGUCUCACUGGACAAAGUCCCAGCAAAAUUACUCUAUUAUGACAAAAACUGUUUCUUUCUUAUUGUUGAUGACCCUGAUCCUGCCUUCAUUGGGUCUGGCUAGUGCAGAAGCAUUUGUUAGGUGGACUUUGCAUCAUGAAAAUGAUACGAUGCGGUGGGACUGCGUCUUUCUUGCCGACAAGGGCGCCUUCUUCAUAAAUUAUGUCAUCACCUCGGGUUUUAUUGGUACCGCGUUGGAACUGAUACGCUUUCCGGAGCUCUUUCUGUACGUUUGGUAUCUUCUUCAUUCAAAGUCGAAGGCCGAAAAGAGUUACGUGAAGAAGGCUAUACUCUACGAGUUCCCGUUCGGCGUCCACUACGCAUGGAGCCUCGCAAUAUUCUCGAUUUCGAUGGUUUACAGUCUAGCUUGUCCCUUGAUUGCGCCUUUCGGCCUGAUCUACAUGGUAUUGAAGCACAUCGGUGACAAACAUAACUUGUACUUCGCCUAUGGGCCUAGUGAUAUGAGCGGGGUGGGCGGAGGCAGGAUUCAUUCGACGGCCGUGAGACUGAUUCGCAUCUCUGUGUUGUUGCUGCUAAUUAACAUGGCAGCCUGGGCGGGAUUGCGGGCAGGUUUCGAGGCUAGGACGAUCAUUUUGGUGAUGGCUUCUAUUGUAGCAUUCGGAACAUUCUUGCUUCUGAGUCCGUUCCCAAGUUGCACUCCUCCCGCGCCGCUGCAGGAGGAGUCCACUGUUAGGUUCCCCGAAUAUGUCGCCCCGGCGCUAACAAAACCCCUUGACUCCCCAAUGAGCACCCCUACCACACCUGACUAUGGGGCAUCCUCUCCUACAACCAUCCAAUCCUACAGUCCGGACCCGAUAAACAUUUAAACUAUGAUUCCUUUGGAAUUAGGAUCCUACACUGACGCGUCUGCAGCUUAGUAAAAAAUUAGUACUAAUCUGCAUUUCGGGAAUUAUAAUACCUAAUCUAGCGAUAAACGACAUUCACUGAUAAGGUUUUGUUUGUUAUUUUAUUAUGUUAAUGGAAAUGUGUAAAUAUUGCAAUAUUUUUAUAUAUUUAUGAUAGGGAUUUAUUGUCGCUAUAAUCCUUCAUAUUUAAUGUGCAAAAGACGACAGCUAUUAAUAACUGCGCGCAUGCAAUAUGAAAGAUCUCUUCUAUAUUUUUUAUCUCGUAAAUAUUUUAAUAUAUUAUUUCAUUUAAGUAUCGAUUUAGUUUAGUGUUUGCCGAUUUUAACGCCUUUUUAUUAAUUUAUUUUAUUCCGUGGUAAUAAAAUUUAUUUAUCAUAAUAAUUUAAUAAUGUAUUAUGUCAAACAUCGAUGUGUAUUUUGUUCUUUUCGAUAUAUUUUUUUAAAUAAAACAAUACACGAUAACAUAAUGUUAAUGGCACCUUAAUUUUUAGUUUAUCGCGUGAUAAUUGAUUAGUCAUUAUUAAUAUUAAUAUCAUUGAUAUGAUGUGUAGUCCACACAGCACAUGUCGUGUGUGAUGUAAAUGAAUGAAUAAAUGUUCUUAUUUUCUAUACAAACUUUUAAUUACCUUUAACAUAGUGACACAAGAAGUAGUUAGUGUAGGUCAUCAACUACUUACAUUAUCACCUGACUACAAACUAGGAUGGACUGUAAAAUGCCUAUUAAUUAUGUAUUUGUAGAUCACGUUUAUAGUGAAGGAAAAAUUACAUAAUGUAAAAUACCUAAGUAUAAUCUGAAAACGUGGUGUACCGCACUUCAUUACACGCACGUGUGUGACAUACUGAAGACUAUUAUUGAAGACUUAACCGCGAAGUGUAAAUCAAUAUUCUCCAAUAACGUUGAUUUUCAAAUGUUUGAUGACCGCAAUUCACCGUACUAUCAGUUUGUUAUGAGUACUUAUGAUAGGUACAAAUUAAUAAAUAUGCUAUGUGGGACGGGCAGGGCAUAAGUACCUAGGUACCUAGUUAAAAUUAAUUACUAUUAAAUGCCUUCAUUAUCUUGCCUAAUUAAUGAACAAGGAAACAAUGUAUUUUAAUAUAAAUACUAACAAUGUAAACGACAAUCUGAAAUAAUGAACGAAUUAGUAUGUAGAUUUAAAAUUAAUUGGGUAAUUUAUUAGGAUAGGACCACCAUGCCGUUAAUAAAAGCACGUAAUUUCGUUAUUGUAAUAUCUGAUCAAGAAGUAGGUACUUUCUAAUCGAUCUAACUAAAAGAAGUUUUGCUGAACAUUCUGCACGCUUCUCUUAUCAAAUAACUUUAUAAUCACCAGAUAAAAUAAUUCUUUUAUGUGGGUUUGAAACGUUUUUUUCAGCUUUUUAUCUGAACGAAUAGGGAAAACCAUAUUAUGUUAGUCAUUAGCGAAGAUUUCUUUAGUCCGUCCUUCCUUUUACAUGUUGUUUGUCCCUAUUUAUGAGUGAGUGGACGUCGAAGUUCAUGCAUUCCCGCAUCCGUUUCAUUUGUCAGAUCCAUUGUCAUCUCAUUAUCACAAACCUAUGGCUUUAAGUAGCCACAUGUAUCGUGAAUCAACGCGUGUUUAUUAGCAAAUAUAGUGACAUCAUCAUUCCGUUCACAACUAAAUCGUGUUGAAUUGAACCACCUGCUUAAAUAAGCUCUGCCAUCAUUUUCUCAUCAGGCUGGUUAGUGGAUUGCUGAAGGGCUGUGUGUGCGUGACAUCAAGAGGAGGCUAGUUUUUAUGAUUCACGUCUUUUGCUUGCCCUUUAAUGUAAAUGUAUUAAUUAAUGUAUAAUAUCUCACUGGUUGACCAUGUUUGUAUUGAAUGUCAAGUGACUCUUAACAAUAACAAACAUGCCACAUACGUAGUUAGUCCGUUAUUCUUGUAUUCUUCUAAUGCAAUUUUCUGUGGACGAUAUGCUUGUUCACACUGCGGAUUUAAGUACGUUUGUUGUUUUCAAUUUGUGGUUAAGGAAAGUGCAAUAGGAUCUAAUUUACACAAGUUUGAGAUACCUAAACACUUACAUAGAGCCACUAGAGUUCUGCGAUUUAAUAUCAUUUUUGAAAAUUUAGCUACAUAGAAAUAGAUCAAUCAGACUUGUAAUAAAUAAGUUCUAUUGUGCAUACCUAGAACACUGCUUCUCGUUUCUAAAUCACCCUUAUAAUUAUACCAACUGUAUUUCUACAAUAUCGCUUGAACGUUGACUGGUAGAGUACGUAACGCCUUUUGUACCUGUUUUUGUGCAAUAUGAAGAGGGCAUAAACCUCUAUUAGUUGAUUUCAUUCCAUUUACUUAUUUAUUUUAAUUUUGUGUUAUGUGUGGAUAAUUGUAUUCUGUAAAUUAGUUUUAGCGUAAUUGAUGUAUUAACAAACCGGUUUUCUUAAAUUUAUGUAACGUCGACAGCACAUCAGUAUAAAACAUUUUUGUGGCUAAAUGAUACCAAAUACAAGUACCUAUUUAAGAUGUUGUCACAGAGUUUACCUUGAUGUGUGGUUGUCCGUAACUUUACUAACUAUGUUAGUAAUUAAAAUGUGUUGGCAACGACUUUAGUUUCUGUUGGAUUUUAUGUGACGUUAUCAAUUGAUUUUGUAGUAGUAGACUAUCUAAAUCAAAGUUUAGGGACCACAAGUGCGUAAAGGUGACACAACAAACAUUUAAUGAGGUUCAUUCAACUUGUGUUUUGAUUGAUAAUAAUAAACUAUCUGUAAACGCAGUAUCUCUAGCGUUGAGAUAAUAUCUCGUCGGUAUCCUUCCGUUUGGCCAAAUUACUUUUCGCCAAAUUUCACUUCGCAAACAACUUAUCGCCAAAGUUUCAUUUCCCAAAUGAACUUUUAGCAACUGUACUUUUCGCAACUAAUUCAUUUGGUCAAAUUAUCAUUUGGCCAAAUUUUACUUGGCAAAUGUUUAUAUAGCAAAUGUUUUAUGUUGCCAAAUAUUGUAUCCCAAAUAAUUUGUUUGGUCAAAUUGACACUUCACAUACUUACCCACCGUUACCCACAACACAAAUCAAAGUAUAAGGCACAUGAUCAUGGUUUUCACAAGAAUUUUAUGUAAAACAUUGCAGGAAAUAGUAUGGUUGCAAAAAGUAGGUAUUACAGAAAAAAGUAGAUUAGGUUAGGUUAGAACAGUGACCCUUAAUGCUAGAAUCUCCCCUAUUGUUAAUGAAUCGUUUGGAAAUUUCCAUAAAAAGAAUGAAAUAAGGAAAUUAAUAUAGAAAAAAAAUUAUAUUAACUACCCACUAAACAAAAUAAUAACCACAAGCUAAUUUGUAUCCAUUCUAUGCACCAAUCAAAUUAUUUUGUAAAUAGUUUAUCGUGAAUAAUUUUUGCCUAAUGAAACAUUUGGCAAACCAUACUUUGCCAAACAAUAAUUUGCUAAACAAUAAUAUGCCAAAAACAACAUUUGCGAAUUAAAAGUUUGCAAUAAGUUGCUUUGCCAAAUAAGAAUUUGCCAAAUGAAAAUUUGCGAAACGUUGUUUGCGAUGUGAUAAUUUGGGAAACGUUUUUUGGCCAAACAUUAGUAAUCCUAUCUCGUCGAACUUAUAAACAAUUGAAAAUCAUAAUUUACUCUUUAGUUUUCUUUUGUCGGCAGCUAGAAUACAAGUUACCUACAACUAUUAAUUUCGGCCUGAGUUUCCCUAUUUGUGUUACUACCUCAUUAUCGGAUCGUAAAAAAUGACGUACCUAUUGAUAACUGAAAGUGAUUGUGACGAGUCUUGAAAGGAUCGUAGUAUUUUUCAAGACGCUGUAGAUUUGCGAUUCGAGGAACCGGGGAUAGGAGUUCACAAAUUCAAUUUCGAGAUCGCUUAGGUAGCUUUAUAAAGAAUUUUAAUUUAUCAAAAAAGCUCUAUAAAGUAGAGCGUUCCUUGCUCUACCUCAAGCUCAACCCAGUGCUUAUUCAGUGCAGCUUUAAUUCAGAAAAAAAGUAAUUUAAUCGUGGGUUUUAUAAAAUUAAUAGCCUGAAACUGUAUUUACUGUCCAUUUAGUGCAAUUUUUCAGUGGGUGCGAGUUCAAUCUGUGAUUCAUUCACUGUUAUUCUUCAGAAUUGAUAAAAUAAUUACUUAUAAAUUCGCACUUUUAACACUUUGCGUCACUGAGUAAAUUCAUUCUAACUUCAUAUUCAUGAUGUGAAACGAUAAAAAGAGUGAAUUUAUCAACUUCUUAUGUUAUAUGAAACUAUUCUUUGAUUCUCACAGCAAAUUAAAGAAAUGUUUUCAACUUACAGUCAUUUCGUAUGUUCCGUUCUAAAUUAGUUUCAACCUUUACAAAACUACUAAAAUACCUACGUUACAUUUUACAUUCGCGGAAUGAUGACGGUAUCCGAAGUCUGAAAAUGCUAAAUUCGUCAGGCGUUGAUGUGAUGAAGGAUAUUCAUCGAUUUACUACAACAUAUUUUUGUUUUUCACAUGUUUAUUAUUGCAAUGCUUUCUUUUUGUAUUGAUGCUUUAAAUCAUAGUAUUUUUUUAUCUUAACUUACCUAAAAUACCUACAACUAAAAUUGUCUUUCUUCUAAUGCUGUAUCAAUUUACAAACAUUUUAAUUUUUGUUAUGUAGUCCAGUUGUGUGUAGGUAAAUAAGCUUUUAUUAAUUUUUUUUUUUUUUUAUGCUAGCCAAGGCAGGUAUUUGACCGCAAUCGCACCUGUUAUUAUGUUUUAAAUAAAUUGUUUUGUAUCUA